AUGAAUGACCCAUAUAGGAUUCAAAAUAGCACUUUUCUGUUGCCAAAAAUGGGAUGGUGAAUUUGCGAAGGAAUUCCUCUUGGAUUAGGUCCACUGUAGAUGGUGUCCAAGGCUGUUAGUGCCUAAAUUGCUCUGUUCCCUAAAUUGCCCAUGUUUCCCUCAAAACUGGCAAGCUACUAUCACCCUAGACCUUCAUCAAGGGCUCCGGUAGUAUUUUAAAAUAUUAGUUUGCUGUGUAUAUUUUAAUGCUUAUAGACUGCAAUUCCAAAUUAGACUUUCAUUUAGUAUAUGUCAUUUUACACCGUGAAUCUAUAAUUCAUUACCUGAGCACACCAGGGAGACAGUGUUGUGAAAUGUACACUGGUAAGCUACUUGAUGAACGCUUGCUUUGUAUUUAAACUUGCAUAAUUAUAUUCAAAAUCAAGGAAGGCUUAGUUUUGCGCCUGAUUUUUUUGAAAAUAUGGAUUUGUUGUCUGAGGGUUGCAGUUGAUGACUUUUUGAUACCACCUUAAUAUGUUUGCUGCUGCUACUAAGAGCUUUGUCAAGCAAGUUGGAAAUGGAGGGAGAUUAGUUCCCGUUCCAAGCCUUAGUGAGGCUGACAAAUACCAACCUCUAAGUCUGGUGGUAAAAAAGAAGCGAUGCUUUCUCUUUCCUAGAUAUAAAUUUACCUCAACACCUUUUACACUGAAAGAUAUUCUUCUAGGAGACAGAGAAAUUUCAGCUGGUAUUUCAUCUUAUCAGUUACUGAAUUAUGAAGAUCAAUCAGAUGUUUCACUCUAUGGAAGGCGAGGCAACCAUAUUGUGAAUGAUGUUGGAAUUAACAUUGCUGGAUCAGAUUCCAUUGCAGUAAAAGCUUCAUUUGGUGUGGUAACCAAACAUGAAGUAGAAGUAUCAACAUUACUGAAGGAAAUUAGUACACGAAAAAUUAAUUUUGACCACAGCUUGAUUCGUCAGUCAAGGCGCAGCAGAAAAGCCAUAUUGUGUGUGGUCAUGGAGAGCAUUCGAACCACAAGGCAGUGCUCACUGUCUGUGCAUGCUGGAAUUCGUGGGGAGGCCAUGCGGUUUCAUUUUAUGGAUGAACAGAAUCCCAAGGGAAGGGACAAAGCUAUUGUUUUUCCAGCACACACAACCAUAGCUUUCAGUGUUUUUGAACUCUUCAUUUACUUGGAUGGUACCUUUGACCUUUGUGUCACUUCAGUGUCAAAAGGAGGAUUUGAAAGGGAAGAAGCGGCAACAUUUGCACUGCUCUACAGACUGAGAAAUAUACUAUUUGAAAGAAAUAGAAGAGUGAUGGAUGUCAUUUCUCGUUCGCAGCUUUACUUAGAUGAUCUUUUUUCUGAUUACGAGAAACCUCUCAGCAUGACUGAUAUUUCACUCAAAGAAGGGACACACAUUCGAGUUAACUUGCUUAAUCACAACAUUCCAAAAGGACCUUGCAUACUCUGUGGAAUGGGGAACUUCAAAAGGGAGACGGUUUAUGGGUGCUUUCAGUGUUUUGUUGAUGGGCAGAAGUAUGUGAGACUUCAUGCAGUUCCUUGUUUUGAUGUUUGGCACAAGAGAAUGAAAUAAAAUGAAAAAAUGAAUAUA